UGUUCUCUCUCAACCUCACACAAAAUCUCCAUUAUCGAAAUUAAAACAUCGUUUUUCCUUUUGAAAUGACACCGAAGGAGAAAACGGCGGCCGUCAAGGGAGGAGGCAUCGGUGGCGGGAACAUUAAUAAUGAAGUUCAUUUUAGAGGAGUAAGGAAGCGUCCAUGGGGGCGUUACGCCGCCGAGAUCAGAGAUCCGGGGAAGAAGAGCCGUGUUUGGCUAGGGACUUUUGAUACGGCUGAGGAAGCGGCCAGAGCCUACGACGCAGCCGCCCUGGAAUUCCGCGGCGCCAAGGCUAAGACUAAUUUUCCCGUCCCUCGGGAAAAUCUAGUCAAAGGGAAUAACAGUAAAAGUAACGGCAAUAAUAUGAACAACAACCGUAGCCCUAGCCAGAGUAGCACCGUCGAAUCACCCAGCCGUAAGCCGGCUCUCGUGAUCGAUUCUUCGCCGUUGGAUCUCAACCUCGUACAAGGUGAGACGAUUAGCGGCUAUGCACCGGCGACCGAUCGGUUUCCUUUCCAGCAAUCUUCGCUUGCGCCGUAUAUCGCCGGGCACAAAAUCUUCUACUUUGAUCCGUUCGUUCGGCCGAACGGCCACCAGUUUCAGCGCCUAAAACUCGAUCAUCAUGAUUUCCACGUGUCGAUGUUUAACGUCGGAGUACAAAGCGACUCCGAUUCAUCAUCCGUAGUCGAUUUGAACAACCACGAGGUCAAAUCACGCCCCCUUCUGAAUAUCGAUCUCAACCAGCCCGCUCUUCAGGAAAUCGCCUGAUUUUUUUUUCUUUCUCGCCGAUCGUCCAACCGGAGAAAAGCUAUAAUUUUUUUAUGUUCCUUAAGUUGAAUCGAAGGUAGAUUAGA